CGUACGGACGGAAGAGCAACCAAGACGUACGGACGUACGGACGGAAGGGUUGCGAUUGCCAUCGCUCAUAUCCGUGGUGGAUUACCACUCACGAACGGCGUUUCCGAUGAUAUCGAAUAACUAACGAGUUAACGAAGAUGGAUGGAUGGUGGCCGGGUCGACAGGGAGGUGAUUCUAGCCGUUGAGAGUAUCUCUCUGAUUGGUGGCUGGCGAGCAGAAUGAUCGAUCGUGGGCAUCGAAUGGAGAGUGGGGCUUGGUGUUAAUUCCGGGAACUUGAGAUUUUUAGUAGUACGAACCUUUCGGACGGUACGGGAACAUUUUAGUUGGAGAUAGGAGGGAGCGGUUGGUCGUCGUGUAUAUGCUGUGUUUUCUUCUCACGUUGUGUGCGCGUACUGCUGUGCCGACGGUACGGGCACGUAGUUGGAAAGAGGAGAGAGCGAGGGCGAUGGUGGGCGGGUGAGUUUAGCAGUGUUAGUGGGAAAGGUGGACAGGUUCAAUGAAUGUGGAUGAGACUGUGGAUGCGUCGAGGACGCGGGGUGUCCAGCUGUAUGUCCGAGGUACUUUCUUGCCUCGAUGCUGUUGUGGUGCCGCCUGCGUAACUCGCUCGUCGGCUCUGAGGCAGAGCACGAAGGAGUCGGGAUCUCGGCGGGCUGAAAUAAUUUUAUAGUGGAGCUUCUCUCUUUCCGCAUUGUAAGCGGUGUACCCUAUGUCUGCGGGGUUGCACCACGUGUGGUUUUGUCAUAUCAACGACGGGGAUCGCGGGAUUGUGCCAGAGACGGACUGACUGCUGAUAGAAAUGAGCGGAUUGAUAACUAGGUGCAGUCACACCUAGUAGAGAGAGAGAGAGAGAGAGAGAGAGAGAGAGAGAGAGAGAGAGAGAGAGUUGUGCAGCUUGCGUGCUUGGCAUUGAGGGACAGAAAACCCAGUUUGAGAAGGGGCGACGUGGUGGAUCGAGUGAUCGACACGCAUUGUGGGCGAGGGGUAGGGUGGAGAAUGGAAAGAAGGUGCUUUUCCACCGCUUUCGUUUUCUCUUUUUGGCUGGAAAGCAGGUGCUGAGGAGGAGAGUGAAAUCGGCUAGCGGUGGUCGAUUUUGUAGGUGGAGCUGGGAACAUCAAACGCGGCGGCGACAGCUGGAGGUGGGGAAAGUGAUUAUUUUGAGAUAACGAAUAGGUAGGGAAAGGGGCAACAUCGGUAAGGUUUUGCUUGGGUGGUUGGUUGGUGGUGGGGGCUCCACCAGCUGCCAUUGCUUGGCGCGGAAGAGGUGAGUAGGAUGGGAGGGAAGAAGAUCAGCAGCAGCAGCAACAGCAGCAGGGGUAGUGAAGCAGCAGUAGCAGCAGCGGUGCACGAGUUUCCGACUAGUUCGUUGCCUUUGGAGCGUGUGCCCGGAAGAAAGCCACCGAUGGGAUAUGCGGCAGCCUGCAGGAAAGGUCCGGUGAGUAAUGGCACGAGCAAAGAAAGAGAAGAUGGUGCGGAGCUCCAGCAUCAUCACCAUGCCCACUACAAUCACACUUAUCAACCGCCGCAGCACCAUUACUAUCAACAUCAGCAGCAUCAACAUCAUCAGCAGCAGCAGAGAAACGGAGGUGGUGUGGGCGCGGUAGUCGGGGCGAGUAACAGCAGUGGCAGCAGCAGUAGCAGCAGCGGCCACGCUCUUGCGCCUGAGGGGAAAGACGCGGGCGAAAAGGGCAAUAACGGCGACGUCGGAAUUGACGGCUGUGUUAUCGGGGAAUCGGGAAAUGGAUCAGGCGGAAGCUGUAUGAACCUCAAUGCCGGGAAUGGUAUGACACUCAGUAACGCGGUCGUCGGGGGCGUCGUCAUGGCAGGAAGUCCUCUUGAGGCGACGGGUCCGCAGGCUGCGGGGUUGGCGUCGCUUGUACUAACUGGAUCUGGCGGGCGAGGCAACAGUGUGGAGGGGAUAGUUCAGUGUGGUAGUAGUGAGAGCGGCAAUGCAGUGGCGGAGGGGGAAGGCAGUGGGAUUGGGCAGGGGGAACCCGGGGACGCAGCUGCGGCGGCGGCGGCGGCGGUGGCGGUUUCGCCGACGGGUGUGCCAGGAGUGAGCUCGCUCGGGUGGGUUCAACAGGAAAAUGUCGGGCGACAUCAUCUAGGUACGGAGACUGAUAGUUUACGGCUUCCCAGCCUUGUCGGCAUAAAUGACCUUCAGCAUUGUCCGGAGCGACUGCAGCAGCAGGCUCAGCAGCAAGAAGCGAACCUAGACCGAGUAGAGAAGGCAACGCCGUCGGACGACGCGACGUCGAAGGCGGACAGGAAAGUAAUUGCAGGUUAUGGUGGUGGUGGUGGCGGCGGCGGCGGCGGCGGCGGCGUUGGGACUUAUGACACUGAAACAGCAGAUUCCGUUGAGAGUCGUAAUGCCGUCGUUGCUGCGGACGGUAAGAAACAGUCGACCGCGUCGAUCGCUUACGCUGGCGGUGCUGCAGUGGCUCAUAUGGGUCAGAAGGCGCAUCAUCAUCAGAAGGUGUUAAGUAUAACGACGGGGUCAACGAACUUGGGCGGGGUUCAACUUGUUGCCGCUACGGGUGGCGGCGGUAGCAGCAACAGUGGCAACAGUAGGGGGGCUGGCGAGAUUCUUAUGCUCUCUGUUUCAGGAAGCGGUGCGUCGACAGCCUACGGUUCCAAUUCGUCGGCGAUGACGACUGUAGGGGGGGGGGGCGGAAUAAAGCGCUCGACGGGCGCAGGGGGGCAUGGGAUGGGCCCGAGGGUGAUCAUGCAUUCCGCGGGCGGCAUGAUACCGCAUCAUUAUCAGCAGCAGCAUCACCAUCACCACCACCACCUUAGCCAUCAGCAACCGCACCACCCGCAACAACAUCACCAUCAGCAGCAACAGCAUCACCAUCAUCCGCCUCUGCACCCACAUAUCCCACCGUCGUCGAUGCACCAUCAUCACCACCAGCAGCAGCAACAACAGCAGCAGCAACAACAGCAGCAGCAACAGCAGCAGCAGCAGCAGCAACAACAGCCGCCGCCGCCGCCCCCUCCACCUCAAAUACAAAUGAUGAUGCACCCUCAUCACCAUAUCCCGCAUCCACACCCCCAUCAUCCUGUAUCUUCCCCAGCAGGAGCUUCACCUGUCGCGGCCCAGCAACAGCAACAGCAGCAGCAUCUUCAUCCCCAGCAUCAAGUGCACCAUCAUCAUCCUCCCCCCCAUCACACGCAGUUGCUUGAUCCGAAUGCGCGCGAGUUCACGCCCUCUCCGUCUCCUUGCGCCUCUCCUGUGCUCACGCACCCUAUGCUGACCAUCCCUCUCAACGCGUCGUAUGCAGUUAGUUGCGGCCUAGAGUCUACAGUCCACGUCGGAUACGCCGCCCAUGGGCACGGGCACGCGGGAACAAUGGAGGGGAACCCUCCGAGCAUCGUCUAUGGUUCGAGCGGGGACUACCAGGCGCAGGCAGUUAUGCCGGUGUAUCAUGCCGCUGCAGCCGCCGCUGCUGGACCUGCUCAAGCCGUGCAUUCAUCCGGUGGCCCGUCGUCGCACAUCGCAGGAUACGCGCCAGUUACGUCGUCGCCGUCACCGCCGCCUUGGGGAGAGAGCCAGGCGAUACCCAUCCCGAUGCCGGAGAUGCACGUGGCGCACUGUGGGCCGAUCGCGGGGUCCAUGGUUGCGCAUGGAGGGGGCCCGCCGCCACCGCCGCCGCCUCCAACCCACGUUCAUGCUCAAGCGCACCCGAUCGUAGGCGGGGGUGGUGCGAUGACGGCUCGUGCUUACGGAGUGCAGUUCCCAACGCCGUCGCCUGCGCCGCCUAUGGCACUGCCGCAGCCGCCGCUGCCUCCAGCGCCCCCGUCCUCGGCGUCGUGCUUGUCUUGUACUUCCUGUUCCUUGUCCUCGUCUUCGCCGUCGUCCUGUACUCCGUCAUCGUCAUCGUCGUCGGCAAGCCCUUUGCCGAUAGUGCUGGGCACGGCGGCAACGACGGCGGCAGCUACUGCGGGUUCGGGGUUGAUGACCGCGCCUCCGCCAGCCACGGGCAGGGAGCAUGUCUCCCGCUCUCUAUUGCUCUCCGGAAUCCCCUGUGACAUGUCGGACGAGCAGCUCAGCCGGGAGCUCGAGCAAUGGGGUCCUGUCCGAUCCAUCGGGACGGAGCGCAGGCAUGAAGGCCUCGUGACUGUCCAUUACUUCGACCUUCGGCAUGCCAAGGAGGGUCUCAAGGACAUCCAGCAGCAGCACCUGCUGCAACAGCAGCGUAUGCAGCAGCAUUUUCACCAGCAGCAGCAAUUACAGAAAAGUCAGCAGCAUAACCAGGCGGCCGUUGCGGGAGCGGGAAGAGCGCAAAUGCAGUCGCAGGACAUGGGGGAUAUGGCCGCUCCCACGACGUUGGCUGUGGUGGAGGCAAAGAGCAGGCAAGAAGGCAAUGCCGACGCUCGAGAGAAGACACUCUCAGCGGCGGCUGGCGAGACGCUGGGCGUCGAUCAACAGGCUUCCCCGGACAGAGUCCCCGUUCAACCCUCGUCCUCGCCCUCAUCUGACGUUCAUUCGGCAUCAUCAGAUCAGCAGCUGCCGCAGCAGCACCAGCAACGUGGGACCACCAACGGGGAGAAGGACGUCGAUCGUGACGACAAUGAACACGGGUCGUUGGCACGUAAGCUGCAGUCAACGCACAUAAGCCCGCCUUUGUCAUCCCCGAAAGGACUGAUUGGAGGAAGAGCUGUAUGGGCUCAGUACACUGUUCCCGUGGGUGGAGCCGCUGGUCCAGACAGCCACAAUCAGGGUACGCUCGUUGUGUUUAACCUAGAUGCGGACAUGCCGAUUGAAGAACUCCGAGCAGCUUUCGAGGCAUACGGUGCGAUAAAGGAGCUCAGGGAGACGCCAACAAAGCGACAGCACAAAUUUCUUGAAUUCUAUGAUGUAAGAGAUGCUGCGCGCGCGCUACAAGCACUGGAUGGAAAGGAGAUCGGAGGGAAGCGGGUGAAGAUCGAGUUCAGUCGGCCAGGUGGGCAAUUGAAAAGAGUAAGACAAGCACAGGCCCAGACACAUGCACAGGGACAGGUUGCUAUACCACUUCCAGGUCCUGGUGUUGUUCAAAGAAACAGACUGCCUCAAGGUGCAGUUGUUGCAGGAGGAGCUGGCCAGCCUGUGUACAGUUAUUUAGGCUGGCCUGCACCGGAUGGUUCCUUGCAGUCAGCUGCAGCGAUGACGGGACAACCGAUUGCUGGUGCACCACCAGCCCAGUUCAUGUGGACUCACUUUGGGGCAUUCCCAACACCACUUGUGCCCCUCUCCUCUCCUCCAAUGAGUACGAUACCUCAACCCCUUCCUCCAGGAUAUCAUCAGCCCCCGCCUGGUACAUUGCAAGCUCUCCCACCUGCUGUGCCCACAUCAUGGGGUCUUCCUGUGUCCCCGUCGGGUAACAGUCCUGGAGCUCCUCGCCCCAUGCAUGGUGUUGAAGGUCGAUCACCUUACAUGAAGAAUAACCCCGCUAGUAAUGCAGGGCCCAAUGGUGGGGGAGUCGAGGGAUGCACAAGUGCAGCAAGGGGAAAUGCCGUGAUCGGUGGUGUAUGCCAUGCUUCUGGAUACAGCGGAGGAAGUGCUGGUGAGUUUGUAAGGGGGGCCAGUGGCGCAUGCUUCGGAGCAGGGGGGAGGGGUGAUAGUCGUAGGAGAAGGAUAGCAAGCAAUGGACCAUCAGCUGGGGGCCCGACAGGCAAGGGAGACAUGCUGCCCACAGACCGGGAUGGGGUGCCAAGUGGUGGAGGCUGUGCAACCCGGGCCAAGGGUACAACAGAACGUGGCCUGGGAGCCAAGAAUGCAUCGAGGGACACUGUGCAAUCGCAGUACAUCUUUGACGAGGCAAUGGCGCAAAGGGAGGGUGAAAAUGGGGCAAGCCCAAAGACAACCCUCAUGAUCAAGAACAUCCCAAAUAAAUACAGUCAAGGGAUGCUCUUAGCUCUUCUAGAUGCACACUGUCUCAGGUGCAACACAGCAGUAGCAGCAGAUCCUUCAAAUAAAGAGCCAAUUUCAGCAUACGACUUUGUGUAUCUUCCGAUCGAUUUCAAGAAUCGGUGUAAUCUAGGAUAUGCGUUUGUGAAUUUCACCUCUGUCGCUGCAACGCUGAAAUUGUAUCGUGCAUUUCAUGCCCAGCAAUGGGAAGCUUUCAACAGCCGCAAAAUAUGUCAGGUCACAUAUGCCAGAGUUCAGGGGCGAGCGGCCCUGGAAGAGCACUUUCGGAACUCCAGGUUUGCAUGUGACACGGACGAGUACCUGCCCUUGGUGUUCUCGCCACCGCGGAACGGCAUUGCCUCUCCGCCUCCAAUUGUAGCUGUCGGCCAUCUCGCUGGCCGCAUAUCAGGGGCAAGGAGAGAAACAGUUCCUCCUCCCAUGAUGCCACCAUCCAAUAGUCAGCGGAGCAGUGGCGGGGAGUCUGAGGAGCACCCAUCAAGGAAUGCAAUGGGAAGCUCAAACAAUACUAGCCAUGCUGAACAACCGAGGCUGGUUCUUGCAAGCGGGUGUACAUCUGUAACAACAAGUAGCAGCAGCAAUGCAUGUAGUAGCAAUAGUGGGGUUGUCAGCUAUGUGAGUGAGAGUACCUCUGUGAAUGGGAGUGCUGCAGGUUCCUCCUCAGUAACACUGCCAGCUUCGGCUUCAGCAUCCAUGUCACCACCAACAUCGCCGACAGCACCAAUGAGCGGGGAUGUGACGGAUAACCUGGACCCAGAGAGUACAGGACCUGUUUUGGGCACUGCUAGUAGUGCAGAUUCUUCAGGACCAGCCCAGGGGUCGUCGUCUUUGAGCUCAACGCCAGGAGCAAAUGUAUCAAAACGCAGUGGUCAUCGAUGACAAGAAAGUAAUGACCAUCAAGAGCCUGCCUGCUGAGGUGUUGGGAAUUCAAGACGGAAAUUGAGGGUCACUCAAAGAGCUUUGAGGAAGUGUAUGCAUGACUAGUUGGGUAUCAUGCAAUACACGAGUCACAGGAUGUGCAGUAGAAAGGAUAAUCUUGGAGUGUUGUUUAUGUGUGCUUGUCACAGAGAGAAACAGGACGAACUGUGGGAAGAAACGGAACAACAGGUUAGUUAUUCAGCCUUGUGUUGUCUUUCAGAGAACACCAGGGCUCAUGGUUUCAUGAUGUUGUGAAGCUGUUUGUGUAUUCUGGCAGUCGAGGAGGAAAUCGGUUGGGUGGAAUUUUAUGAGCGGAUACACUUUUCUGGAGAUUGACGCAUGGUAGGAAGAGAGCAGAGUGUCAUUAAUUAUCUUUGGUAGGAGUUGUGGUGGAGUAUAAGGCUGGGCCAGAUGACAAGUCUGGACGCAUCAGUGCUUCAUUUGUUCGAGAGAGGUUGUUCUAGAUGCCUAGCUCUUGCAAAGUGAAGAAAUUUGAUGAUUCGAACAAAUUGGUAUUCGCUCUACUGACUGCUUGGAUGCCAUUUCAUAUGAGAGUGUUUGUGCCGAAGUAAUUGAUUCCCAGGCACGCCGGAGUAACAGGUGGCGGAGAGAGAGUUGCCCAUGCGGACUACAAGUGACAGAAUCAUGCAGAAUGGGACUUGGUCUGUUUGGUGACGAGUCGUGUUCGAGCUGAGUCAACGAGUGGAACCGCGAUGGGUGGUUUACUGUAGGUGCGGGUGGUUAUUGUGCAGAGGGGCUCAAACGGCUAAGUUGUAGAAGUGGUUAUCAUUGAGCAGGGGGAAAAGGUGCUUCAUAACCAUAGGAUUGGGGUGGUCAGUGUGUACGCUUUGGAGUAGUACGAUGUUUACAAGGCGAUGGUGGGAGAGCAGCAGAGCACUGGAGUUGCGACGUGUACGUGGUUGUUGGUGUUGGUUUGUGUAUGUGAUGAGGGGUGGUGGUAGUGGUGAUGUGUGUGGAGGGGGGGGUGCAUGAGUGUGAAAAAUUGGAGAGGGGGAGAGUGAGGGGGACAAGGAGGGCGUGGGGAUCUGUGGAUAGGGAUGUCCAGUGUCAUUUGCCAUGUAUCAAAAGUGAAUGAAAGCAAGGCCCAACGUGCGGGGCAUUGCCACUGGACUGCUCAUGGAGGCUUCUUUGUAUGAUAUGUGGGGACGUGCAACGUUCGGAGGAAGAGGAGGCAUGCAUUUGUCCAUGUGGGCCAGUGUGUAUGCUUUGCAGUGCAAUGCGAUAGCCGGCGAUGCUGGGAAAACAACGAAGUUGUGAGGUGACUGUGCUUGUUGGUUCAUUUGUGUAUUUGAGGAGGGGUGAUGGUGGUGGGGUGGUGAUGACACCUGUGUGGGGGAUGGGAUGGGUUAGUGAGUUUGGUUAACUGGAGAUGGAGAAGUGAGGCAUCAGGUGGUGUGUAGGCCCUAUGGAUGUGAUAUGUCAAACGCCAUGUCCCAGAACUGAAUGGAAGCAUGGCACAAAGCGUGGCCUCUCUACUGGACUGCUCGUGGAGGCGCUGUAAGAUAUGUGGCGAACUGCAAUGUUCUUGAACCCAUGAUCUUUGAGUACGAGGAAGCAUGCGUUUGGACAUGUCGGGGGGUGACCUCAUAACUCUCUGGGAUAAAUACCCAGGCAGAUCAUGUUUGGGGUUGGAGAGUUAAGGUUAUGAGUAGAGGUGAGGAGAUAGGAGUUGAGUACAUGGAAGUGGGUAAUGAAGCACAGAGGACGGCAAAUCGUAGUCUUUCGAGAAGAGGAAGCAUGUGUUUGGACAUGUGUGGGCGACCUCAUUAUGCUCUAGGAUAGAUGCUCAGGCAGAGCAUGCGUGGGUGUGAAGUGCAAAGUUUAUGAAUGGAGGCGAGGUGGUAGGAGUUACAUCGAUGUGGGCAAUGCAGCACGAGGAGAAUGGCAUGGCAGGGGUGCUAGAGAGCAGGGAGGGCAUGGAAGGAGGCGGACUGGGCGUUCCAAGUCAAGGAGUGAGGUCAGACCAGGUAAGGAAGCAGCCAGAUGGAGAUUGAUCGCAUUGUCAUCCCCCUGUUUUUUUGUUCUUCGAACGCCCACCCUUCUCCUUCCUUUUCUGGGACCAUCAAAUAAUUGCAGAGCGUCAGACACAGGAAUUCAUGUUGUCCAUACAGUCAGUUGCCAUGGCCCACCAUUAACUGGGGUUUGCUUUUUGUGGGUCCUGCUUGGCGAAAAUUCAGUCCUGGUUCUUCCCUACACUAUUAAAAUCGCUAACGUGACAAAUCUGAAAUCUGGGCUGUCGCCGGUCCUACUGGCCCACGGCCCAGAUCGACCGAACCAUGUAACAAAUCUGCCAUCUGGAC